UUAUGCUCCUUUAAUGGAUCCUUUCAUAGAUCUGGCAGUUUCUUACACGGGGAUACAUCUUGUAUGACCAAAGAAACACUCAUUUGGGUCCCAAGCCGUAGUAAAUGAGCACCAUUUUAAUAAAGCUGCAUUUUCUGUCUCAAGUACCAAAAUAACUUGGCUUUGGAUAAUAAGCACCUCAACUGAGCAAACAACAGAAGGUGCCAUUUGCUGCUGUACCUCAGGCAGCAAAAUGUUUUGAGCUAUCCUGGUCAAGCCUCACAGCUUGGAGGGAGGGGGACCAUUGCCCAGUUCUGGCAAAAGGAAGAGGAGUAUGCGCAGGGCCGAAGGAUUCUGGAGACCUUGGGUCCCCACCCCGAAAGAUGCGGAGAGGCAGCGCAGGCGGGACCACCGGGCGUUGUGCAGCCUUUCUGAGACUACAGAAGACGCCGCAAAACUCACACAAUAUAUACACCCAGUCAGGUUAUUUUGGCCCAAAUCAAGGUGCUUUGAUUACUUGUUUAAUGAAGCAGAAGCACUUCUGAGAAACUUUCCUGUUCAGGCUACAAUUUCAUUUUAUGAAGAUUCAGAAAGUGAAGAAGGUGAUGAUGAGCUGGACCAUGACUCUGAAGCAGAACUAGAUUGUUAACCAUACAAAAGCUAGUCUUGCUGUUUGUAUUCAUUAAUUUAA